UCUCUCUCUCUCUCCAAAAGGAUUAGAGAGCGGGACAUUUCCAAUAGUUGUUGAAGAGGAAUUAAAAGCACGAAAAAAAGAAAGAGACGGUCGAGAAUUCAGCUUCAAUUUCGGUCCUUGUAAUUCAAGGAACCCAUUUUAUAAAAGAAGAAGAUGGAUGGAACGGAGAAAGCAAAAGGCCCGGAAAGGAGGGCGAGCCAUAGCUUUAGUAGAAGCAUGAGCAGGAAAAGUUGGAGCAUGGAAGAUGUAUUUGCAGGUGCUAGGCACUCUCGCCGCAACAGUCAUAUUGACGAAGAUGAAGAAGCUCUAACAUGGGCAGCCAUAGAGAAGUUACCGACGUAUGAUCGUCUAAGAACAGGUAUCAUCAAAUCUUAUAUGGACAAUGAGCCUCGUGCAAACCAAGCGUUGCACAAGGAAGUGGAUGUUCGAAAGCUAGAUAUGGAUGAAAGGCGAAAAUUCAUAGACAGGAUAUUUAAGGUUGCAGAGGAAGAUAAUGAGAAGUUCUUAAAGAAAUUCAGAAACAGAAUUGAUAAGGUUGGAAUCCUACUCCCUACUGUUGAAGUUAGGUUUGAGCAUUUGACGGUUGAGGCCGAUUGCUAUGUCGGCACAAGGGCUCUUCCCACUCUACCAAAUGUUACCAGGAAUGUUGCGGAAUCGACUCUUGGUUUGCUUGGGAUUAGACUCGCUAAGAGAACAAAAUUAACAAUUCUCAAGGAUGCCUCUGGAAUUAUUAAACCAUCAAGGAUGACCCUACUGUUGGGACCUCCAUCCUCAGGGAAAACAACCCUUUUGUUGGCAUUGGCCGGAAAAUUGGACCCAAACUUAAAGGUUAGAGGAGAAAUCAGUUACAAUGGCUAUAGGCUCGAUGAAUUUGUGCCUAAGAAGACAUCCGCAUACAUUAGCCAAAAUGAUGUUCAUAUCGGAGAAAUGACUGUGAAAGAAACUCUAGAUUUCUCGGCAAGGUGCCAAGGGGUUGGGACUCGAUAUGAACUCUUAAGUGAACUUGCAAGAAGGGAAAGGGACGAAGGCAUUUUUCCAGAGGCUGAAGUUGACCUUUACAUGAAGGCUACCGCAAUGGAAGGAGUUGAGAGCAGUCUAAUUACCGACUACACUCUAAGAAUAUUAGGGCUUGACAUAUGCAAGGACACCAUUGUUGGAGAUGAAAUGCAACGAGGGAUAUCGGGUGGACAGAAAAAACGAGUAACCACAGGAGAGAUGAUCGUUGGACCCACAAAGACACUGUUCAUGGAUGAGAUAUCAACGGGUCUUGAUAGCUCCACGACAUUCCAAAUUGUGAAAUGUUUGCAACAGAUCGUCCAUCUAACGGAGGCCACCAUUUUAAUGUCCUUACUCCAGCCGGCUCCGGAGACGUUCGACCUCUUCGACGACAUCAUUCUACUAUCGGAGGGCCAGAUUGUGUACCAGGGCCCACGAGAGCACAUUCUCGACUUCUUUCAAAGCUGUGGCUUUAGGUGUCCUGAGAGAAAGGGCACUGCCGAUUUCUUGCAAGAGGUUACGUCGAGGAAGGACCAAGAGCAGUACUGGGCUGAUAGAACAAGACCAUACCGAUACAUAUCGGUUUCCGAAUUCGCAAGCCAGUUCAAGAAGUUCCAUGUGGGCAUGCAGCUUGAAAACGAUUUAUCAGUGCCUUACGACAAGGCCAAUAGCCAUAGAGCAGCGCUAGUCUUCAAUAAAUAUUCAGUCCCAAAAAUGGAACUUCUGAAGGCAUGCUUCGACAAAGAAUGGCUGUUGAUGAAGAGGAACUCCUUUUUCUACGUGUUCAAGACUAUCCAAAUUGUCAUCGUGGCAGUCAUAGCAUCCACUAUGUUUUUAAGGACUCGAAUGCACACUAGGAAUGAAGAAGAUGGGGCUCUAUAUGUUGGGGCACUUCUGUUUUCCAUGAUCAUUAACAUGUUCAAUGGUUUUGCUGAGCUCUCACUGAUCAUUGCUAGGCUUCCUGUAUUUUACAAGCAUAGAGACUUACUCUUCCACCCUGCUUGGACUUACACGCUGCCAACUGUGUUGCUGGGAAUUCCUAUAUCUGUUCUUGAGUCUAUUGUUUGGAUGGUCGUGACAUACUACACCAUUGGAUUUGCACCCGAAGCAAGCAGGUUUUUCAAGCAACUAAUGUUAAUAUUUUUGGUCCAACAAAUGGCCUCUGGGAUCUUUAGGCUCACAGCUGCUAUCUGUAGGAGUAUGAUCAUCGCCAAUACUGGCGGAUCUCUCACUUUGCUCCUUGUUUUCCUACUUGGAGGUUUCAUUAUUCCUAAAGGUCAAAUUCCAAACUGGUGGGUGUGGGGCUACUGGAUUUCACCUUUGACAUAUGCUUUCAAUGCCAUUUCUGUAAAUGAAAUGUUUGCUCCCAGGUGGAUGAACAAACUGGCUUCAGACAAUGCAACCAGAUUAGGUGUGGCAGUACUUGAGAACUUUGAAGUUUUCCCUGAAAGAAACUGGUUCUGGAUUGGCACAGGAGCAGUUCUGGGAUUCGCAGUUCUCUUUAACAUCCUGUUCACGUUUGCUCUUAUGUAUCUUGACCCAUUCGGAAAGCCGCAAGCAAUAAUAUCUGAAGAUGCUGCAAAAGAGAUGGAAAAUAGCCAAGAACAGUCAAAGGAAGAACCAAGACUCAGAAGGCCCGUGUCAAAGAAAAAAUCAAUUUCUCGAUCACUGUCUUCGUCUGAUGAGAACAAUACAAGAGAAAUGGAAAUCCGCCGAAUGAGCAGCCGAUCCAACAACAAUGGAAUAAGUAAAAAUGCUGAUUCAGCUCUUGAGGCAUCCAACGGUGUUGCUCCUAAGAGAGGAAUGGUUCUUCCAUUUACACCUCUGGCAAUGUCCUUUGACGAUGUGAAUUACUAUGUGGAAAUGCCCCCUGAAAUGAAGGAUCAAGGAGUAGCAGAGGACAGACUCCAAUUACUUCGGGGAGUAACUGGUGCAUUUAGGCCUGGGAUCUUGACAGCACUUAUGGGAGUUAGUGGAGCUGGAAAGACAACGUUGAUGGAUGUUUUAGCAGGAAGAAAGACAGGUGGUUACAUUGAAGGUGAUAUUAGAAUCUCCGGAUUUCCUAAGAAACAAGAAACCUUUGCAAGAAUUUCUGGUUACUGUGAACAAAAUGAUAUCCACUCGCCCCAAGUCACAGUUCGAGAAUCUUUGGUAUACUCAGCUUUCCUUCGACUCCCUAAAGAAGUCAGCGAUAAGGAAAAGAUGAUAUUUGUUGAUGAAGUUAUGGAAUUGGUAGAACUAGGCAAUCUCAAGGAUGCAAUAGUGGGGCUUCCAGGAAUUUCAGGAUUGUCAACAGAACAGAGAAAGAGGUUGACCAUUGCCGUUGAGCUUGUUGCUAAUCCCUCGAUCAUUUUCAUGGAUGAACCAACUUCAGGUCUUGAUGCAAGGGCAGCAGCCAUUGUCAUGAGGACUGUGAGAAACACAGUGGAUACUGGAAGAACGGUAGUGUGCACCAUUCACCAGCCUAGCAUUGAUAUCUUUGAAGCCUUUGAUGAGCUACUACUGAUGAAGAGAGGAGGACAAGUGAUCUACUCUGGACCUUUGGGUCGGAAUUCUCACAAAAUCAUUGAAUAUUUUGAGGCAAUUCCUGGAGUCUCAAAAAUUAAGGAAAAGUACAACCCGGCAACAUGGAUGCUCGAAGUGAGCUCAGUAGCAGCUGAAGUCAGGCAAGGAAUUGACUUCGCUGAACUCUACAAAUCAUCAUCCCUGUAUAAGAGAAACAAGUCCUUGGUGAAAGAGUUAAGCGCACCAAGACCUGGGGCAAGAGACCUGUAUUUUUCUACUCAAUAUUCUCAGUCCAUAUGGGGGCAGUUCAAAUCUUGCUUUUGGAAGCAAUGGUGGACAUAUUGGAGAAGUCCGGAUUAUAACCUUGUCAGAUUCUUUUUCACCUUGGCUUCAGCCCUCAUGGUGGGGACAAUUUUCUGGAAAGUGGGGACUAAAAGGGAGAGUGCAACUGAUCUUUCUAUGAUCAUUGGAGCAAUGUAUGCUGCUGUACUGUUUGUAGGAAUUAAUAACUGUGGCACAGUACAGCCAAUUAUAUCUGUUGAAAGAACGGUGUUUUAUCGAGAAAGAGCUGCCGGGAUGUACUCUGCAUUGCCUUAUGCCCUUGCACAGGUAAUUGCCGAAAUUCCAUACGUGUUUUUCCAAACAACAUAUUAUACACUUAUUGUGUAUGCCAUGGUGAGCUUUCAAUGGACAGCCGCAAAAUUCUUCUGGUUUUUCUUCGUCUCCUUCUUCUCCUUCCUCUACUUCACAUACUACGGCAUGAUGACCGUUUCCAUCACACCAAACCAUCAAGUAGCAUCAGUUUUUGCAGCAGCUUUCUAUGCUCUCUUCAAUCUUUUCUCAGGGUUCUUCAUCCCAAAACCCAGAAUUCCGAAGUGGUGGAUCUGGUACUACUGGGUUUGCCCAGUAGCGUGGACUGUUUAUGGAUUAAUUGUGUCCCAAUAUGGUGAUGUGGAGGACACCAUUAAAGUACCAGGAAUGGCGCCUGACCCCACUGUUAAGUGGUAUGUAGAAAACCAUUUCGGGUAUGAUCCCAGUUUCAUGGGUCCAGUUGCUGUAGUUUUGGUUGGCUUCACUGUCUUCUUCGCGUCAAUGUAUGCCUACUGCAUAAAGACUCUGAACUUCCAGAUGAGAUAGAAGAUAAUUUUGAAAGAAAUUCUCGAUCAAGUAGAUUAAUCAACUCUGUACAUAUAAAACAGAAGCCAUCCGCGAUUGAAAAAAGAAUGGCAAUUGUAUAAGGUUUGAGUUUUCAAUUUUUAGGAAUCUUUAGAUGUUUGUUAUUUAAA